GACCCCUGGGACCGCAAAUGGGACGUUGACUACAAUACUAAAGACCUGACGGCACAACUGACCCGUAUUGACAGUCCGGGUCGGUAUGUGUUUCCAUACUCGCACCGGGAUAUGAAGUUCCCGUCGACUGGCCUUGACUUUGAUCUGGUGUUUGAGAGCAAACAUGCGCAGUCAAAGUUGUUAAUGAGUAUGGAACCAGGUGAUUUGAAUGGUGGUACAAUCAGAUUCUAUAAGGUUGAGAAGUAUGGAACGGAACAGUUGUUUGAUGGCAACACUACUCGACCGGAGUUUUUGCUGUCGACGGGUCAACAGAUUGUGGCUAUGAUUAGAGGCUAUAGACGUGAGUCGACGAGUAGUGCAAACAUCAGGUAUAAGUACGAAGUGGUGGACUCGCAGUGCAGUCAAUAUAAACAGAUAACCGAGACCGAAAAUGUUCCCACUGUACUUCUGCCCGAUAACCAAGCGAUGCAAACAUUGCACCAGUAUAAAUGUGUCAACAUCUAUGAGCACCAUGAUGUUUCGGCCAGAUUUGAGCUACAAUUAGAUCAAUUUAAAGCAUUUAUAAACAGCGCCGACAUUAUGACCGUAUCGGACGGUCUGUCCCAACAGUGCCCUCCGCUCGCAGUCAUUGAGCAACAAUUGCUGGACACGUAUUGGCGCACAAAGUAUUUGCAAUCGACAGCAAACACCAUAACUGUAACGUAUGAGUCGAGACGUGUGGUCAACACUACUCCUAGCGAUGAUAAUUUAAUUGGCAUACAGACGGUAUAUCACGGAUUUAACUACAGAUUUCCGGCUUAUGUAGACACCUAUAAUUUACGGUUAAAUCUCAACACAACAACACAUAUACAGUCAACUCCCGUUAUAUACACGUUUGAGACGGACAAUGAGCACCAAUUAGUGUUGGAGCUAAACGCUUCGGUAAUAUUACCUGGCUCAUCCGACCAGCCCCUAUUUAACGUCUACGAUAACGUGGAUAGAGAUGUUAGCGAUCGUCACAAGUUAAUUACACUUUACUCUCGCUUAUACGGACCAGCAAUAAUCCCUUCAAACACUAAUCAAUUGAAACUAGUGUUUCACCAAAGGGUCGACUAUCAGCUCAUUGUGCGCCGUGUGCUGAGGGCCGGCAACUGUAACACUACCGCCGACUGGCAUUCAAUCACUGGUUUUAAUGUUAACAUAAAUACAACUAAUUUAUGCCAUCUACUUAUUCCCGGUCGAGCUGACCGUACAAACACGUCGGUAAUUUUGCGCUCGACUUAUGUCAAACAUGGCGCCCCUGAGGAUUGGAUAGGCAUUUAUAAAAGUGUGAUGAACUUAGAUGAACCUAAUCCGCCGAUCAUUGGGAUGACCAAUGUUGGUCUCAUGACAAAUAUGCCUGAUGUUAUAUUGGCAGCUAAUGAAACGUACACGUUGCAAGUG